AUGUCUGACGACCAGGAAUUGCCCGUCGCACGCCAGGAAGUCGAAGAUGCAAUCAGUGAAGUGAUUGACGAGAAAGGAAUCGAUUCGCUCUCUCCCGCCAGCAUUCGCGCGUUUCUCACCGAGCGAUUCGGUCAGGAUUUCACAGCGCACAAGAAAACGAUUGAUGAGAUGACGAUAAAGAAAAUCGAAAAGAUUCAGAAGAAACAAGAGUCGGACGCGGAAAAAGAGAAGAAAGUCAAGGAGAAGAAGGAAAAACGGAAGAAGGAUGAACCGGUUGAAGAAAAGACAAAGGAGAAACGAAAAAAAGCUUCGAAAGCCAAAGAAGAAUCUCUUGAUGAGCCAAUUGCUGAAGUCAUGGAAAAAGUCAAGAAGGAAAAGCACAAGAAAGCUUCGAAAGUUGUGGAAGAGUCUGAUGAAUUGGUUGAAGAGGUCAAGGAGAAGCACAAAAAAGCAUCAAAGGUUAAAGAUGAGACAACUGAUAGCCCAAUCGAUGAAUCGGUGGCAGUUCUGAUGAAACAGGAUCCAAUUGAUGAACCAAUGGAAGAAAUGAAACUGGAAUUGCCUUCAACGGUAAGGGAAGAACUGGAUGAGGUUGAGAAAGAAUUGGCUCAAGGGAAAGCUUCAAAGACCAAGGAAGAAUUGGCGGAUUUAGCAGAUGAGCUGAUUGAAAAAACUCCAAUUGUUCGAAAAUCUGGAGAUGAAGUCAGCUCUAGCUCCAGCGAUUCGACGAGCUCUUCAGGGGCUUCAACGAGCUCAUCCGAUUCUUCUGACUCCGAAACGGUUGAUCAACCAAGUCAAGUAAAGGCAGAACGGGGCUCCAGCUCUGAUUCGAUCACUGAUCGCACACCACGAAAGUCCAAACGAUCUGGAGACAAAAAGAAAGCGAGAGCUGCCGGCACAUCCAGCUUCAGCAAGAUCAUGGCCGUUUCGGAUUCUGUCAAAGAGGUCACUGGUCAGCAAUACAUGAGACGAUGCGACGUAGUGAAAAGCGUCUGGACUUACAUCAAAGAGAAUAACCUCCGCGACCCGAAGGAUAAGAACUACGCAAUCUGUGACGCGAAAUUGAGGAAAAUCUUCGAAAUGGACAGUUUUAAACCGUUUUCAAUGAUGAAACAUUUGCAAAAACACAUUUUCAAGCCCGAAGAUCUGGGAGAAGAGCAUGUGAGGAACGCGGCGCAAGCGAAGAAACAACUCUUGGCGCAAUUGGGUGAAGAGGAUGUGCCAAAACUUCGGCCUUCGCCAAAACGUCGAUCUUCGCCAAAACGAACGUCCAGCGGCAAAACGACCGAUGAGCCGAAGAAAAAACGCGCAAAACCUUUCCAGAAAGUCUUGGUUUGCUCUGAUGCCUUGGCGGAAGUCACUGGGAAACAGUUCAUGACUAGAUCUGACGCAGUGAAAGCUUUAUGGGACUACAUCAGAACGAAUAACCUUCAAGAUCCGAAGAACAAGCAAUUCGUGAAGUCGGACGCGAACUUUGAGAAAAUCUUUCGCUCAAAGCGAUUCAAAGCUUUCGGCAUGAUGAGCAAACUCGGCAAAAACUUGCUACCACCCGAAGAAUACGGGCCGGAGUGGGUGAAAAUGGCUGAGGAGGCGAGGAAAGAGCAAGAAGAAGAACAAGAGAUGAGCAAGAAUGAGCAAGAAGAUGAGCAAGAAAAACAAGAGAAUGAAGAUUUGGAUCGAGAAGGAGAAGUUGGACCGAGUAAAUCGAAUGAAACAGAGGAUGCAGAUGAAUUACCCGACAAAUUAUCACAAUCGGAUUCUGAU